AUGGCUGGAGGUGGAGGUCGCUGCCGGCGACUGGCCAAGCUCAAAGGGAAGGAACUAGUAUCUGACAAUCGUGAUUCUGACCAUGAUUAUGAUCCAUCAUCUGAUAUUGAUAACCAAACUGACAGUGAUGAUUCUGAUGAUUUUGAGGAGGAAAAUCCAAUGGUACCAGGAACUCGCCCAAAGAAGCAAAAGGUGGCAACAAUGGCGGCUACCAACCAGAAGCCCCCGCGCACGCCUACCAGAGUUACUAGGCAAAGUGUAAACAUGCCUUCGCCUGGUGGCCGUCCACCACCAAGGAUAAGACAUCCAUUGCCUCCUAAGUCCACUUCCAAAGCCAACCCUAAGCCUGCACCUGUUCCAAGUACCAGCCAACUACAAGGCCACAACACUACAAACAGCAGCCAAACCACCCAAACUACAAGCGCAGUGCCUCAUCCAACAAUCACUAGGACUGGUCCAGCCAUGUCUUCACCUCUUCCAAACACAGUGGCUAGUCCUCGUAAGUACACUAAGCAAGCUGCAGCCAGACCUAUACCUGGUGCAAACCCAGACUGUUAUCCUAGUCCAAGUAAGUACACUAAGCAAACUGCAGCCAUGUCUAUGCCUAUGCCUGGUGCAAACCCUGAGUAUAAUCCUAGUCUCUCCACUACUACCUUAUCUCAUCAACCUACUACUAAAGGUACAACUACUGCAGCCAUGUCUUCACCUCUUCCAGACACAGUGCCUAGUCCUCCUGAAAACGCUAGGCAAACUGCAGCCAUGUCUAUGCCUAGUCCAAACCCUGCUUCCUUGUCUAGUCGACCUACUCCCGCAACUAGUGUCAACCAAGUGCUGGAAACCUCACCAGGUGGACAGAGCUCUAGGCAGAGCAAUGACCUCAAUGAGUCCAUUGAACAAUUUGAAGCUGCUAUGUCAGAGGGUCAACCAGAUGAAGGAGAACAAGUUAGUGACUUGGUUCCAGUGCGUCGAAAGGAAGUCCGCAAGAAAACAAUGGGCCAUGGAUUAGAGAAGAUGCUAAAUAGAGGAAAGAAGCUGGCUAUCCAGGUAUCUGAAGGCAAGAAAAGACCUGAUGUACCACUUCAGGCAGCAAAGCUGGCAUCAGAAACAGGUGUGGCCCUUAGAGAAAACUUGCCUAUCUACACAUCCUGGAAGAAAUAUGACAAUGAGGCAGGGCAAGAAGAAGUCAAAAAAGUGCUUCGAAAAGUGGCGUCUAGGUUGGAUGUGGACAUUAACAACGAAGGACCAAGCCUUGAUGCAUGCACUGAUAUCAUUAAGAGGGGAGUAAGGCAGACGAGGUAUCACCUAAAAAGGAAGUACUUCGAUGAGUCACUGACAAAAGAACAGAUGUUGGCCAAACCACCUCCAGCAAAGAUGAAGAAAGACGAAUGGGACCAACUGGUGGAGUAUUGGUAUGACCCAAAUAAUCAGGAGAAAUCUGCUAAGAAUAAAGUCAACCGAGAACAAGUGCAGCUGCACCAAAGGACUGGAUCUAGGUCCUAUAUUGCCCAUCGGUACAGCCUGAGGGCUAAGUACAAUAACAUGGAACCUGAUCCUGUUGAUUUCUUUGGUGAAUGCAUGAAUAGUCCCAAAAGUGGUCGAACUCCUCUUGCCAAUGAAGUAUAUGCACUAAUGGUGGCAGAGAAAGAAAAACAGCCAGAAGAAGGACAAGCACAAAAGUCUCCUUCCAAGAUUGUUGCUGACAGUCUCAGCCAGAUUAGUCGUUCUUCCACCUUUCUUCCCAACAUUGGUGUCCGUCGAGCGUCGAAAAGUAACCGUGCCUCAUCGACAGCAGCACAAGUACGCAUGCAAGCCGAGUUUGAGGAAAGACUGCAGGCUGAAAGAGAAGAAGCUGCUAGGAAGCAGGAAGAAUUGCAAGCACAACUUCAAGCUCAACAGGCUGCACUUAAAGAAAACCAAAGUUUGCUGCUCCAGACCCAAGAGGAAGUGAAGGGGAUGCAUAACAAGUUUGAAGAGACUAAUGCACUACUGCGAGCUGUCUUGAAACUUCAAAAAGAUUGA